AGGUGCGGGUGGGAGUCCCGCAGAAGGAGCGUUUCAAUCCCAACAUGAAUUCCACCCGCAAUCUCUGACCGACAGCAACACGAGCCAUUUAAGCAGACAUCACGGCGCCUCGCGCAAGCGGAUACUUUCCAGUAGUCUUUUCCAUCAGAGUCUGUUUGUUUUCCACGGAUGCCCUUAACGUCUUCCUCGUGACUUCAGCAACCCCACGGAACGGGAUGAGGCGGUAAAUGUCGCGUUUCGCAUCUUUUCGCUCUGGUUGAAGCAGCAGGAGUAUGUGAUCAUGUUGGCGACGCGCUGCCUCCUCCUGUGGGCUGCGGUCACCGCGCGACUCGCCGUUACAGGCUGGGGCAGCAGCAUCAAGCGGGACGGAGCGGAACGGGGAAGCGAACAGAACGCGUAUGCGGAGGAGCUCACGCAGCCUCAGCGGCUGCUGCAGCGGACUGACGCGGAGGAGGAGCUGCCACACGGGCACUUGGGUACUCUAGUAAAGAUUGAUGCUGAUGGAACGCAUCCCAUUCAUUUGGCUCAGAUCUCAUUCCAGGUGACGGCGUUUGGAAUCCCAUUUGUUCUAGACCUGGAGCUCAAUCAUGAUCUCCUGUCGUCUAACUAUGUUGAACGCCACUUCGACGAGGAUGGGCGACCUUUUCAAAGUCUGGGAGGAGAGCACUGUUACUAUCACGGUCACGUGAGAGGAGUUCAGAGGUCAUGGGCAGCUCUCUCCACCUGUCAUGGCCUACAAGGGAUGUUCUCAGAUGGCAACUUUUCAUACGGCAUUGAGCCCUUGCACAACAGCAGUGAUCAGGAUGCAAAUACUCAUGUUGUAUACAGAAUGGCAGACAUCCGGUUGAGACCACAUUCCUCAGGAAGCACCAGGAACAGCAGUGACUCUGACAUUAACACUGAGUAUCCCGUUUCUAUGGAAACGAAUGAGCCGAAGCUCACAGAUGGGCUGAGACGGGCAAAAAGACAGGUUCGGAGGGGUCCACGCACAGUUCAGAUUGAAACAAAGUAUGUAGAGCUACUAAUAGUCAAUGAUUAUGAACUGUUUGUACAGAUGAGAAGAUCAGCCCCUCAGACGAGAAACUUUGCCAAAGCUGUAGUUAACAUGGCUGAUGCUAUUUACAAGGAGCAGCUGAACACUAGAAUAGUGCUUGUCGCCAUGGAGACAUGGUCAACUCAGAACAUGGUUUCCAUCGGCGAUGACCCUUUGGUGACCCUACGUGACUUUAUGAAAUACAGGAAGGAGAACAUCAAAGAGAAGAAUGAUGCAGCUCACCUGUUCUCGGGACGCACAUUUCAGAGCAGAAGCAGUGGCACUGCUUACAUUGAUGGGAUCUGCUCACCAACACGAGGAGGAGGAGUCAAUGAGUAUGGAAACGUGGGGCCCAUGGCUAUAACCUUGUGUCAGAGUUUAGGACAGAACCUUGGUAUGAUGUGGAAUAAAGAUCGUGCUACUGCAGGAGACUGUAAGUGUCCAGAUCCGUGGUUAGGCUGCAUCAUGGAGGAUACCGGAUACUAUCUACCCAGAAAGUUUUCACGGUGCAGUAUAGAGGAGUACAUUCAAUUCCUCCAGCAAGGAGGAGGGAGUUGCCUCUUCAAUAAACCUAACAAGUUGUUGGAUCCUCCUGAAUGUGGCAAUGGCUUUGUGGAACAAGGAGAAGAAUGUGAUUGUGGCUCCCAAGUGGAUUGCUCUCGUGCUGGGGGUGCAUGCUGUAAAAAAUGCACUUUGACCCAUGAUGCAAUGUGUAGCAAUGGACUCUGUUGUAGCCGUUGCAAGUAUGAGCAGAGAGGAGUGAUCUGCAGGGAUGCAGUGAAUGACUGUGAUGUGCCGGAAACAUGCACUGGUGAUUCGAGUAAAUGUCCACAUAAUGUCCACAAACUGGAUGGUUACAUGUGCAAUGCUGGACUGGGGCGCUGCUAUGGAGGUAGCUGCAAGACCAGGGAUGCCCAGUGUCAGGCGCUCUGGAGCCACAAUGCAGCAGAUCGCAUGUGUUAUGAGAAGCUGAACACUGAAGGUACGGAACGUGGCAACUGUGGUCAGGACAGCAGCUCACACAGCUGGAUUCAGUGCAAUAAACAGGAUGUGUUGUGCGGAUUUUUAUUAUGCACUAAUAUCACAGUGAAACCACGGUAUGGAGACUUAAAUGGAGAAAUCACAAGUCUUACCAUCUACCAUCAGAACAAGUACCUGGAUUGUCGCGGGGGUCAUGCAGUGUUAGACGAUGGCACUGAUCUCGGGUACGUGGAAGACGGCACGCCGUGUGGUCCUAAUAUGAUGUGCCUGGACCGUCGCUGUCUGCCGGUCACCACCUUCAACCUGUCAUCCUGUCCCGGGUCGUCCUCUUCUCACGUGUGCUCUGAUCAUGGGACGUGCAGUAAUGAAGUGAAGUGUAUCUGCGAUGCAGACUACACUGGGAAGGACUGCAGUGUAUAUGACCCUAUUCCAGACCCCCAGCCUCAAGACGGUCCUGAGAAGUACAAAGGUCCGAGUGGUACAAACAUCAUCAUUGGCUCAAUAGCGGGAGCGAUACUGCUGGCAGCUAUAGUAUUGGGAGGAACAGGCUGGGGCUUCAAAAAUAUCAGAAGAGGAAGGUAUGACCCUGCCCAACAAGACAUGAUGUGAUGCAUACAUCCAUGUCCACCUGACACAUAUUGCACCAGCCGUUUUCACGUCUUCGCCUGCCCAUUUAGUUUCUCUGAGUCUUGUUUUAUUCUGGUUUAUUUUAUUUUAAAUGUUUGCAUUUCCUUCGUUACAAAUUCAUUUCAAUGCACCGAUCAAUACAUCACAUUUGUUCCCUAACUCCAUUACACAGUUACAUUCCAUUACAUAAUGCAUUUUAUUAGAUUACCAGUACAAUAACAUUGGCCAGUUUAUUUGGUAUUUAUAAUAAUGCCAAUAUUGUUGUCAAACACUAUUAAUAUUCACUAACUGAGUAUUAUUUUAUAUCAAAUAUCUUGUCAUUUUAAGAUUCAGAUUGCACAUUUUUGAGGCUAAUACAGCCUCCUCCACAAAUACACAUUGGUAUAUAAACUGUAUGGGCAAAUAAUGUCUCAAAUUAUCCUUUUGAUCUUUCAAAUUAUUCACAGAAAUCUAACCUUUAUUUUAAGUUAAAUAAUUAAGAGGGGAAAAACUUGUCUUCUUAUGGUGAAACAUUUAUACAGAAAUGUUUAUAUUCCACAAUUAAAAGAGGGCAUUCCUUUAUUUUGCAGCCACCCUUUGCCAUGAUAAUCUUAUCCUAUCAUGUGUUGUAAGGUUGAUGACUCACAUAAAGCAAGAGAUCUGACACCAGUCCUCUAUACAAAAUCUCUUCAAAACCUUCAUUAUGUGAGCAGUGAACCAUGUGUGCUUUGAAUCCUUGUUUCAACCGUUGAACCAUAUAUUUUCUCUGAUUUGUGCUGCUUAAACUUUUGUCAAAAAUCAUCACUACAUUCUCAAGUCUUCC